CGCUGUACACCAGUGUGUAACGAACCACCAUAGCAUAGGAAGUAUGUCCGUUCUUACAGUAGCUGUUGUGGUUGCCCUACUUUGCGGCGACUCAGCCUCCGCAGCGACGGAUCUGAUCCAUCAUGAGGUUCUGGACGAGAACGGUGACUUCCUCCUGUUCUGGACGUACGAUGGCGCGCAGAUCGAGCUGGAGGCCCGGGUGAGGACCCGAGGGUGGGUCGGCCUCGGGCUGUCCCCGAACGGAGGCAUGCCGGGAUCGGACAUCGUCAUUGGCUGGGUGAAGGACGGACAGGCGUAUCUCACGGACCGUUAUGCUGACGAAAAGGCACUGCCCCCUGAGGACGAGAGCCAGGACUGGGAACUGCUGUCUGGGUACGAGAACGACACCCACACCGUCCUCAGGUUCAAACGGAAACUACAGACGUGUGACGUCAGAGAUCGCGUCAUCAACAAAGACACCCAGCGCGUUUUGUGGGCGUGGAACGACCGUGACCCUGAUGACGUCACGGGUCCAGCCUACCACACCCACCGCGGGGUCCGCAGCAGUAUCCUCCUCAGGAACGACAUCGAGGCUGAGUCCCUUCCCAACGUCAUCCGAUCACAUGACGUGGUCAUGACCAAUACAGCAAUCCCGUCCAAACAAACAACCUACUGGUGCAAACUGGUGGAGAUGCCCCCACUGCAGACAAAGCAUCACAUAUUCAAGGUACAACCUGUGAUCACCCCUGGCAACGAAGGAGUGGUUCAUCACAUUUUAGUGUACAAAUGCCAUAUCAACCCCAACCGCACGGCGGCGCCCCAAGAACAUCCGGGACACGAGUGCUUCACUCCUAACAUGCCCCUCGACUGGAAAGAAUGCUAUCAAGGCAACUUAAUAGCAGUCUGGGGUAUCGGGACAGGGGACCUGAGCUUCCCCAGCCAUGUCGGGUAUCCCAUCGGUGACGAGGAUGACGGAGGCCAGGUGCUGAUGGAGGUGCACUACGACAAUCCCGAACAGAAGGAAGGCAUGACGGAUAAUUCCGGACUGAGGCUCCUGUACACACCGGAACUACGUCAGCAUGACGUAGGUGUCCUUUUGGUGUCGCAGAGCGUCGACCACGCCCUCGUCAUCCCCCCUCGUGCCGUGGAGUACAACGUGGACAACUUCUGCCACCAGGAAUGUCUGGACACGUUCCUGGAUGAAGCCGGAGAACCCGUUCAAGUGUUUGGCGUCAUGCCCCACGCUCACCUGCUCGCCAAGAAGAUGAGAACCACGCUGAUCAGAGACGGCGUGGAGACGGUUCUGUCAAGUGAUGACAACUACGACUUCAACCUGCAGUACAUCCGGAUGCUGGAAGAGGAAGUCACCAUCAAAAAGGGGGACACGAUCAUGACACGAUGUACGUACAACUCGGAACACAAGACCGAGCCUGUUUACGGAGGACUGUCAACCGAGAACGAGAUGUGCGACAGUUUUCUCUUCUACUACCCGCGGAUGAGUCUCCGCUGGUGUGAGAGCCAUGCGCACCCGCUCAACAUCCUCGGCUUCGCCGGUGUACAGGAGAUCGGUUACAGCUCGGAGGCUCCUGUCUUUAUUGAUAGCAUCCCUAUCGUCAAACCAGCCAACAUGUCCAACAUGACAUACUUGGAUGUUGUCGAGAGCAUUGUGUGGGGUCAGGAUAAGGCACAGCAGUACUCCCAGCAUCUCCGGAGUGGAAACUUCGUCUCUCGUUGUGGAGGCAAAAUGCAGACAGAUGGCGACACGAUUCUGUACACAAAGGAGAGCCUGCUGCCCCACCCGACAGUACCGGCCGCCGCACCAGUCUUCACCUGCAGCACGUCUUCGGGGACUGUUGGGCCUCAGCUGUCCGCACCACUGCCUUUCAUGGCGGUCAUGACUUCUUUGACAAUCCUGUUCACACUGUAGCCGCCGCUAAUUGCCGUCUCGUAAACGGUCAAGCGACGAGCCACAUGCCACUGGUAAUAAAUCUGCCUGGAGAUUAUCAACUGUGUUGCUUCUGCUGGGCGUCUUGUCAUGAAUAAACUAUGAACUUUUAUAUUGCUUCCAGAUAAUUGUGAACAUUUCCAGAAACAAGUGUUCUUAAGAUGCCCUCACGGGACAUUAGGGUAGCUCUGAGAAACAUGACCCGAAGUUGUGAUGGUAAAGAAUACAAGUUUACAUUGUGUCGUCGUCUAUAUGAUGUCGUAAACCGCAUUUGUGGUUAUAGUUUGCAUUUUUUUAAACCUUAAUUACUUCUUAGGUUAAGUUCCAAACGUUUAAAAGUUCAUGUUAGCUUUUUUACCGCUUUUUUGUUAUCUUCUGUUCAUCUUGUUGUCGCCUAGCAACAUCGGUUGAAUUAACAACGAAUUGUAUCUUAACUGUAGUAACUAAUGAUAUAAACCAUGUAGUGCGAAGAUCUUAGUUUUUUUUAUGGAUCUAUUUAACCUAAAAUAUAUAUGCCUUCUAGCAUUUAGAGAAAGAAGGCUGGAGUAUAUAAGUGGCCACGUGGAGUGUUGAUGUUUAAAACAUGCACAAGUCAGUUAGGUGUUACAAAACACGACCAUCCAGGUGAAAACUCCUAAUCAAUGUCUCUUAUACACAGAAUUAUGUUUAUCGUGGUUUGCACGAUGUAAUUUUUUAAUUGUUAUUUUCUUCUACAAGCUUUUUUUCUAUCAUAUAGCAUGUUAAUCGUGCCUUUCGUAAUAAAUCUAUGAGCCUGGACAGGA